UUUUGGAAGCACACACAUGCUAACUUCGAAUGACAAUUAAACAUUUUACAUUGAACGUUUUGCCUGUCCAUCAUUUAUUUUGCAUGACAGUUACAUAUUUCAGUUAGGAAAUAUACAGACAUCAGGACAAUGAACCAAUUAAAAGCAAAUUUUGCUGUGAAAAGCAAGUAUGAAGCAUUUUAUACAGCAGGAAAAAUACAGGUUUCCAGUGAUGGCCUGUUUAUGUUCUGUGGUUGCGGUAACAAGGUGAAUGUGUUGGAGAUCGCCACGGGCAAGGUACAGAUCUGCAUCGGGGAGGAGCAGGAUGAGGAAAUUACAAGCUUCUGUGUCUCUCCAGACGAUCAGUAUCUGGUUCUGGCAACCCGCCACAUGCUACUGAGGCAGUGGGACUGGAGGAACAAGAAGCUCAUCAGGACAUGGAAGGGUAUUCACUUUGCUCCCAUACUGUGUAUGGGGUUUGACAGCACCUCCACCCUACUGGCUACAGGCAGUGCAGACUCCACUGUGAAGAUAUGGGACAUACACAGGCAGUACUGCACACACAACCUCAAGGGACAUCAGGGCAUCAUCAGUGUUGUUGCAUUCCACCCAGACAUCUCGCGGCUGCAGAUAUUCACAGCUGGAGAGGAUUACAAGCUGCGUGCCUGGGACCUGCAGACCAGCAGGUGUACACGGGACAUCGCUGCCCACUACAGUCUCGUCACUGGCAUUGCUUUCUCAAAGGAUGGACAGACUGUCUACACGUGUGGUAGAGAUGGCGUGGUGGUAAUCACAAACGUUGACACUCUUGCCGUGACCCGUACUGUGCCUGUGUAUGAGGUGCUAGAGUCUCUGGUUCUUAUACCAUCCACAUGUGAUUAUCCAGACAUUAAUGUAGACAGUGGGGCAGAUCACUUCAUUACAGCGGGAAAUAAAGGAACACUUAGAGUAUGGAACGCAGGAACAGGGAAGUGUGUCUAUACGACGGACUGUGUGCAAGCCAGGCACUCGAACACCAAACAGAUUGACGUUGUUGACGGCGACAAGUCAGAGGACACGGCACAGAACAUUGUGCAGCUUGUCUACACUGAGUCUGUGAACAGGGUCACCGUUGUGUCCUAUGACCAGAAUAUCGCCAUCCUGGACGUGGCCAAUCUGAGGCUAAAGAAGCAGUUUGCUGGCAACAAUGAUGAGAUACUGGAUGUGAAGUAUUUUGGUGAGGGGGGCCGGUAUGUGAUAGUAGCGACCAACAGUCCGCACAUCAAGGUGUUUGAGCUGGACACCUGGGACUGCCAGAUACUCUAUGGGCACACUGACAUCGUGCUAGCUGUGGACGUGAUCCCCAAUACAGACAUGUUUGUCAGCUGUGGCAAGGACAACACAGUGCGUCUAUGGAAAGUCAACCCUGAGUGUAAGCAGAUCACAUGCCUGGCUGUAGGUCAAGGUCACACCAAUGCUGUUGGAGCUCUGGCGUUAGCAAGGGCAAAGGGAAAGUUCUUGGUGACAGGGAGUGAGGAUUGUACACUGAAGCUGUGGAAUUUGCCAUCAAACUUUGACCUCUCAACGACCUUGGAGCUGAAGGCUGGGGUCACAGAAAAGGCUCAUGAUAAGACAAUCAGCUCCGUGGUAGUUGCUCCCAAUGACAGGUUCAUUGCUACAGGCUCCAUGGACAAGCUUGCAAAGCUGUGGGAUGCUAAGGACCUGUCGUUGCUAGGGGUAAUGAGGGGCCACAAGAGGGGCAUCUGGUGUGUGCAGUUCUCUCCCAUCGACCAGAUCCUUGCAUCGUCGUCAGGUGACGGGGAGGUGAAGCUGUGGUCACUGACAGACUUCUCAUGUGUUAGGACAUUUGAAGGCCAUGACUGUGCAGUUCUCAGGGUUGCAUUUCUGAUGAGAGGCAUGCAAUUGCUUACCACAGGCACAAAUGGCCUGGUGAAGCUGUGGACAAUCAAGUCCAACGAGUGUGUGAAGACAUUUGACGAGCACGGGGACAAGGUAUGGAGUCUGGCAAUGGGGGAGGCAGACGACACCUUCGUUACUGGAGCUGCUGACUCCAGUCUCAUUGUCUGGAAGGAUGUGACAGAAACUGAGCAGGAAGAAGCCAGACAGAAGAAGGAGACAGCCAUACUACAGGAGCAAGAGUUGUCUAACCUGAUCCACGAAAAGAAGUACCUGAAGGCGAUAGGGCUGGCUAUCACCUUGGAACAGCCCUUCCGUCUCCUCAAUAUCCUCAAAGAGAUCAUGUCUGGAGACAGCGGUAAUGACAAGCUCUACGAUACACUGGCCAAGCUGCGCAUGGACCAGAUUGAUGCCCUGUUGCGUUUCUCGGGCCAAUGGAACACCAACAGUCGUCACUGCCACGAGGCACAGCUUGUGGUCUCUUGCCUGCUCAGGAUGUACCCACCCACACGGCUAAAGGAGCUGGCCAAUCUCAAGCCUUCUGUGGAGGGACUUCUGCCUUACUCAGAGCGCCAUUUUGGACGCCUGUCUAGGAUGGUUCAGCAGGCCAUGUUCCUGGAGUACACGUGGCAGUGCAUGAAAGGCAUGGACACUGACAAAGUGAUGAGUCGUGAGGACAUGGUUCAGACAAGUGAUGUUACCAUGACUACAUCUGAUGGAACAUCUGCACACUCUGACCUAAGUGUUGGACGUUCAUUGUCAGAGAAAACUGUCAAUGCUUUUAGAAAUACAGACAUAAAAAAUACGGCUAGUAAAAACAUCAGUCAAAAGGAUGAGACAUCAAGUGAAGAAAGCUCAGAGAGCGAUGACGAAGACACAGCGACCACUCAAACAAACAAUAUUGCUAAUAAACUUGAUGAAUCAGAUGACCAUUCUGAUGAGGAGUCGUCUGAAAGUGAUCUUGACGUUAGAAGUAGCAGAGUAGUCAAGGGAAAGACUGAUAUAUCAGAUACCGACUCUAGCACUGUGCAAUUGAAACACAUAGAAAAACAGGAUGAAGAAUCCCAUACAGAUACUAGCGAAGAGGAAAGAGAUAAUGAGGACAUUGAGGAGGAUGUUCCUGUAAUCAGCACUGAGAAAGUUCAGAAGAGGCUCUUCAAAGAACAGCUGUCAAAGAAAAGCACAUACCCCAUACAGAAUAUAAGAUUUGCAACACCAUUGGGCAUAGAAGAGAAACCAAGAAAGCGGAAAAUAACAGACAAGUUCACAAAGGUGAAGGACACCAGUAAAAGGGCAGAGUCUAUCUUCACGAUUGACAGGAAAGGAGAGAAGCGAGACGGUGUGGGCGGGGCCAAAGUCAGCAUGGAAAAGAAGAGCCGCCUUGCUCAAAAGGUCACACGGGCUGACAGACUGAAGAAACCCAAACGUUUGUCAAGAUGAAGAUGAUGCUUAAAUUGAAAUGAUGUAAUAUAGUAGUACUGGUAUAAUAAAACAAUUUUUAUGCAUUA